AGCACAGCAGGGCUCCCUUGGGGCAGCGCCCCUCGGGCGGCGUGCGUCAGCCCCCGCCGCCCCCCCCGGCUGCCCGAAGGGGCUGGCGGAAGGCGGCCUCGUGCAGGCCGCGCCGCAUGGCCCUGGCGCCGGAGAACGCGGCCGCGCAGCGGCUGCUGGAGCUGCUCCAGGCCGGCCCGGGAGGCGCGCCGCUGGCGCGGGAGCAGCAGCCGCCAGAGGCGGUGCCCGAGGCGGAGGCGCAGCUGGCAGCCGAUUUGGAGGAGCUGCGCCUCAACCGCGGCGCUGAAGGUGGCCGCGUCCUGCUCAGCUUCGACGGCGAAAUCUUCGACGUCUCAGCCGCGCGCGACCUGUUCGGGCCCAGCGGCGAGUACGCCGCGCUCGCGGGAGCGGACGCCACCCGCUGCCUGGGCGAGAUGUCCCUGAGCGCCAGCAGCCUGGACGACCUCAGGUGGGAGCCCGACAACAGCGAGGAGGAGAAGCAGAAGGGCGAGUGGAAGCGGCUCCUGCGGGCGAGGUACCCCAUAGCGGGCCGCCUCCGCAAGACCAAGGUGCUGACUGUCCCGAGGCCGCAGCCGCCGACGCAAGCGCCGGCCGACGACUCCGCGGAGGGCUUGCGCCAGCGAGCCGCGGCCGCCGUGGGCGGCGCGGCCAUGGCGAAGGUCACGGCGCCUGCCCCGGGAGCCGCCACGGGCGCGUGCCCCAUCUCCGGCAAGGAGGGCGGGAGUUGCCCUAUGGCGAUGUUCGGCAUGGACAUGGGGCCCGCCAAGCCAGUGGGGUCCACAGCGGGGGCGGCAUCCGGCUUCAUGGCGGGCAAGAGCUUGAUCGCCACAGUGGACAAGCAGAAGGCACUAGGAGGAGAUGGCGGAUCCAUAUUGUACAAGUUGUGCCCACUUCACGCAGACGAUGCUACCCUGAAGGUGUGCCGUUUUGUGUAGCAUCGUUGAGGCGGGAGGCGGCAAUUCGAGUGCAUGAUUGCCGUUCUCUUCGGUGUUGGUUUGAGCUUGACUUCAUUUUUGUUUCGUGAUACUCUCCCUGUCCAUCGAACGUCGUGCUCGUGCCUUCUGUCUGACGAGCCCACGUGCCAGUGAUGCGACUGGGCGCGCUCCAGGGCACAAGCCCAUCCAGAUCAUAAUCAUGGACGGAUGUCUGGCCGCGGCAGGGCACAACGGAUGCGAUUGGUCGGUGGGAUGCACGGUGAGCCAAGGAAAAGCCUGAAGAAGCAGAACCGGAUUUGUGGUGCAAACAUGGGUCAGCCAGUUCCAGAUGGAGGAAACGAACGCAUCGAUUGUCCAUCUUGUUUGGUUUCCGUUUUCAGGAGUAGGGGUAACAGUUUGCAGAUCGCCGCUCCGAAAAAGAUGGCGUCUCAGGUUGUCUGCGUGGUGGCCGCGAUAUCGUGGGUUAGCGGCGCGCUCGUUGGCUGGAGGCUGCACCAGCAGUUGCAGAGCUAGACCUGAGACCGCGGCCCAGUCUCACUCACUCACUACUCACGGGUCUCUCAAGCCCGCUCCAUGCAUGUGCUCGAUCCGAUUUGUUCUCGCCUAUUUCUCAAUUCGAUGCUGGCCGCUCCUGCUUGGCUUAGGGACCAGUGUCGGAAGGGAGGCGAGGUAGGUUCAGCGUUGCCCGCCUGCACCAUCUGCCUGCCUGCCGCGUGUGAUCGGCAGAGCGGCAAGCAUUUGGGCAGCCGCGGCGCCACGCCCCAGGCCCGGACUCGCACAAGCCAAGGACGGCGUCGAGGAGCCUCCGAUGUGUGGCAUUGCGGCAGCGCCUGCAUCACAAAAAGAAUUGGUCUCCUCAGACAUCCUCUCG